AUGUACUCAAAACUGAAGUUCCUCCAAGGCGAUUCGACUACCUCAGUUCGAUCAGCCUCUCAAUUCCUCAUAGACCUCCGAGGUCGGAGAAUUCAAUCGGACGAAAUCAUGGUCUCCUUCGAUGUGACGUCGUUAUUCACAUCUAUCCCACCAAACGUGGCCCGCGAAGUCUUGCGCAAGAGACUUGAAGAGGCGUACGAUGAGACUCAGAAUGCCCUCAACAUUGAACACCUCAUGAGGCUGUUUGAAUUCUGCCAACAAACUUUCUUCACUUUUGCGGGAGAGAUCUAUGAACAAAUCAAGGGAACCCCAAUGGGCUCACCGGUCUCCGGUUUGGUGGCAGAACUGGUCCUACAGGAGUUGGAAAAGAUUGCCUUCCUCCAACAUGAACCGGUGUUUUGGCGACGUUACGUUGACGACACGUUCGUCAUCGUAAAGAAGGACAUGCUGCAACAUUUUCACAGCCUGCUCAACGCAGUCUUCCCGGAUAUAAAAUUCACGAGAGAAGAAGAACAGGAGCAGCAGUUGCCCUUCCUGGAUGUGCUCGUCAGACGAAACCUUAACGGUGAACUUGAAACGACGGUUUAUAGGAAGGCAACGAACACCACACAGCUUCUCAGUUUUCACAGCAACCAUCCGGUGGCUCACAAACGAAGCUGUGUGAAGACGCUCUUCAAACGGAUCCAAACUCAUUGCAGCAAACUGGAAGAUAGAGCGCGUGAGUCCCGUUAUCUCCGCGACCAGUUUGUGCAAAAUGGCUAUCCGAGGGCAUUCAUAAGUCGCUGCCUACGCGGUCGCCACCAGAGAACUCAAACACCAACGCCACCGACGAUGUGGCAUUCUCUGCCAUACAUCAAGGGUGUUUCAGAAGCGACCGAGCGCAUUGCUGCGGAGCUAGGGGUUGGAAUCGCACACCGCCCCAAAGCCACCAUGCGCAACAGGGUCAUGAAGAUCAAAGACCGGUUAAAACCUGAAGAGCAAUCUGGAGUAGUGUAUCGCAUUCCGUGUCAAAAUUGUCCUUGUAAUUACACAGGACAGACUGGACGCAUGCUCGGAUCGCGCAUACAUGAACAUAAGCUGGCUGUGCGGCGAGGCGACGCAUUAUCACAAGUGGCCGCCCACACCUACGAAAUGGGUCACGAGUUUGACUUCGCAGCCACCAAAAUAGUUGCCCACGCCGGAAACAAAACAGGCCGAGAAUUGAUUGAAGCCUGGGCCACGGAUGAGAACUCGGUCAAUCGAUUUAUCGAUCUGGCGCCGGCGUACAGAGCCCUUCGUAGUCACCUCCAGUCGUGCGACGUCGGUCGAUGA